UAUUCUAUUAGUGUUCUCUGAAUAGUCGUUAAGUGUAUAUCUGAACUGUACAUAGAGAAUUUUGUUAUUUCCGCUAAGAGAUUCCGCGUGCAUUACUUCUAAAUUAGUGUUACAAACAACAUACACACACACAUAUCAGCGAUCACGCUCAAGUAUCGACAUGUACGCGUCGCAUCAACUGGAGAAAUUUUAUGAAGAUUUUCCUUUUUAUAAUAAGUAUCCUUCCUAUAACAACUUCUUCUAUCCGAAUGUGUGUCACUAUUGUAAGAAGAAGGAUAAUGGCAAAUUCAUGACGUGUGAUGAUUGCUUCAUGAUCACUUACUGUAACAUGGAUCACAGACUGCGUGACUAUGCGUCUCAUAUGCAGAUCUGCGAGGUUUUGCGAAAGCUCUUUAAAAGCCAUUCAAAAUUCUGGAUACAUUUAAAAUUAUACUUGGAGCAAUGGAUCGAGAUGAGAAAAGAAUUUCUAAAUUUAAUCAGUCUACAAUUGCAACGUGACUUGAAGCCGUACGAAGUGCAAAUGAUCACGUUGACAAAAUCGUGUUUUAUUUGUCAUAAACAGAUGAACAUCCACACUUGCAAGAGGUGCUAUUCCGUCAACUAUUGCCCUAAGCAUAUUGAUCGCUUGGGGAAACAUCACAGUUGCAGCGAGCUGAUGUUGUGUUUCCAGAUAGAUUUCGAACUAGCGUUCUUUUCAAAUAAUAAGAUGAAAUUCGUCGAGUUUCCCAAUGAGGAUAAGCCUGUUGUCAACAUGGAUACAUUUAUUGAACAAUAUGUUUGUCCGAAACAAUAUAUCAACGGUAUCUUUAGCAAGAAUGUUCUAGCUUAUUUUUAUUCUGAUUACGUGUCAGGACCGCUGACCACAUACUAUGGGAUGCAGAAAAUACAUUUUCUUUAUCCAUAUUCGUGUUAUGUUAUUCAUAUAAUAGCUGCAAAUUUCGUCGACAGAGAAUAUUUGGCAGCUUGGGAACUUCUCCUACAUCUUUUGCCUAAGAUAAACCAUCUGAAAAUUAUUUUAAUAGGACCGGUAUUGUGUACAGAUUAUAAUAAUAUCGAAGUCUGUCCUGAGAGAUGUAUAAAACACAAAACCUUUAAUUUUGAAACUCAUCGCAUGUUAUAUUAUGAUUAUGCGAACAGUAAGAAGUAUACGCGACCAUAUUUAAUUGUAGGAUUUCAAACAAAUCUCAGUGAUUGGGAAAAAUUGGAGAACACGAUUUUAAAAAUAAAGAAUCAAGAUUGUCCGUUGCUUUUAACCGCAAAGUCGAAACUUCAAGCCAAUCAAAACGUAAAUAAAAUAAAAAAAAUUCUAUUUUCAUCUUCAAAGCUUGUAUAUCAUGGCGAAAAUAUGUUUAGUUCCCACAGACCAUACAGAGACUUUGAGAGCAACGAUGUGUCUUAUCGUAAUAAGUAUUUAAGUAUCUAUGAGAAAUUGUAAUUAUAAUAAAUUGUAAUUUAUUGUUGCUCUCUGAAAAACUUUUGAAGUUCCCGUGUAGAAUCGUAAUAUCACUUUGGUAAUCAUUGUAAACAUAGAAUACAAAAUUAUGUAUAAAUUGUUAGAUAAGAUUGUCUCCGUGAAUAAGUUAUGUUUUUAAUAAAGAAUGUCCAUGCUGUAAUGCAUAUAUCUUAAUUAUUAUGAAUAAAGAGAAUUA